CAAACAAAUACCAGUACCGCUCCACUACUUGAUUGCCGCCUCACUGGCACCGCUGGUCCGCUCCCAGUUCCAGUGACACUGCACCAGACCACCCGGCUCCAGCGAGAUCCAGACCCAAAACCUCACCUCGCAGCCAACCUCUGCUCGGAGGGGAAGGGAAGGGAAGGGAAGCAAUGGCGGCCAACGGAGGCGGGUACCGGGCGGAGGACGACUACGACUACCUCUUCAAGGUGGUGCUCAUCGGCGACUCCGGCGUCGGCAAGUCCAACCUCCUCUCCCGCUUCACCAAGAACGAGUUCAGCCUCGAGUCCAAGUCCACCAUCGGCGUCGAGUUCGCCACCCGCAGUCUCCAGGUCGACGGCAAGGUCAUCAAGGCCCAGAUUUGGGACACCGCCGGCCAGGAGAGGUACCGUGCAAUCACAAGUGCCUAUUACCGAGGAGCCGUAGGGGCACUGCUUGUCUACGAUGUCACCCGUCGCGCCACGUUCGACAACGUGGGCCGUUGGCUGAGGGAGCUCAGAGACCACACCGACCAGAGCAUCGUCGUGAUGCUGGUCGGCAACAAGUCCGAUCUCCGGCACCUGGUGGCCGUCUCGACUGACGACGCCAAGGAGUUCGCCGAGGCCGAGUCCAUGUACUUCAUGGAGACGUCCGCCCUCGACGCCACCAACGUGGACAGCUCCUUCUCGGAGGUGCUGACCCAGAUAUACCAGAUCGUGAGCAAGAAGACGGUGGAGGCCUCCGAGGAGGGGGCGGCCGCCCCUGGCAAGGGGGAGAAGAUAAACGUCAAGGAUGACGUUUCUGCGAUGAAGAGGGUUGGGUGCUGCUCAAACUAAGGCGAAUAGCCGGAUACGAACUGUUUGUUCGAUUGUCUUUCUGUGGAUGCUGAGGGUUAGAGGACCGUUGAGAGAGACUAUCAGCUUAAAUUAUUUAUUAUCAGCUCUGAAUUCGUGGUUCUGUCAAAUUCAAUCAUUU